CAACUUUUGCGAUUGUCGUUUUAUCACCGUUUGUCGCUCAACACACGUCUGGACGAUCUUUUGUAUAUGCAACAGUUCAUAUGAUCUAUCCGAUAGCGAGGAAUGUGGUUACACAAGUCCAAAUACACAAAAAAUGGAAUGAAUACCAUCAUAGGGGAGCACCAAAAUAGCUAUCUUGUUGCAAUAAUCUAGCGGUGUGGACUUGACUUGCAGUGAGGACUUUUGCAGUACUGCGUGUUUGAAAACCAUACACAAUGGCGGCAACUGAGGUGGUGGAACUGUCUGGCUCAGACGAUGAUGACCUCCCGGAACUGACCAGGAAGCCAAUUGGUUGGAACUACCAGCUGGGUGCAACAAAGACAGAGAAGGCUAAGUCCAGAGCUAAUGGGGCAUCAGCUACAACAGCACCAGGACCAGCUUCCCACUGCCCAGAGAAAGAAGUAGAUGAUGACCUGGAAAUCAUUGAGGUGAACAUAGAGCCAAAGAAGAAUUAUGUGAUGCCAACCUCCAGUAGCCGCUCAGAAAUACGCAGGCAAGUUCGCAGUACCACCCAGUCUUCCAUUUCGGAUUUCUUCACCCACGAGAAAAGGGCAGCAGAAGACACUAAUGAAAGGAGUGUCAAAAAGAAAAACAAGGAAAAUAAGAGUGAGAAGAGAGACGAAGAGCAGGAAGAGAAUGACAGGAGUACAGCUAGUUUGGAAGAGUUUAUAAGGCAAUGGGAAGAGAUAAAAAUCAGCAAAGAUGAUGAGAAGAUCCGAGACAAACUUUGGAAGCACUACCACCUUGCUCAAACAUCCUACACCCACUCUAAGAAGUUCAUUGAGAUCAUUGAAGCAUCAACACGCAAGCUUACCAUUGACAACAUAUAUGUUGUUAUAAAAGACAUACUGGACUGUCUGAAGCAGUACAAAGAUGUGCCCUACAGAGAAAAGGUAAAGGGGAAGUGGAGCAGAGUCUACUGGAACCUCCAGGAGAAGGAACUCCAACACCCCAUCGAUACAGAGAACAGCAAAAUAAACUCACGGCUGAGAAAAGUGGAGAAGAAAAUGAAGGAAUUGGCAAACAAAAUUAAAGAGCUGGAGGAUGAGGAGGUGGAUUUGGAUGAUGAUACCAAUUCAGCAUACUUAGUGGAAGAUAGAAUAAAGCGGCAGUUUACAAAGCUGCAUGACUAUUACUGCCGCCUAGCUAAGUGUUCACCUGCCACAGGUCGGCCAAUUGAGAAGAAAUUCAAAUACAAAGGUAGUCGCUGGGUUGAAAUAAAUAAGAGAAUAACAGCCUGGGUGAACAAACACAGAGAGUUUCCUGACUAUGUGGACAUUCUGAACCUGGUGAAGAAAGUAACCAAGCAGAGCAGCCUGCCCCUCAGGCCAGAGACAGUGCGGGUGCAAGCUCAAGAGAUCUUCAGAGAUGUGGGGAGGAUGCUAAAGUUUAGACGGGAAAGUGAUGACUUGUACUGUAUAUAUUCCUAUGUGGAAGAAGAAGGUGAAGACCCAGCCAGACAGGAUGAGGGAUUGGACCACCAACUGAUGGAAAAUGAGAAGAUUGCCAUAGAAAAUCUGAACAAAGUUUUCCAAGAGUUUGUGGACAAAGAUGGCCAGCAGCGGGAGUCAGCAGAUCUUAACACAAAGACAGCUUCAGAAACACCAGAAAAAAAAGAUAGUCCAGUUCAGGGUAUUUCAAGAACUCCAGAAUGCAACGUAGAGGAGACGGUUAAAACAGAGGGUGAGCCAGAAAAAAAAGAUAGUCCAGUUAAGGAUAUUUCAAGAACUGCAGAGGAGACAGUUGAAACAGAGGGUGAGAGUAAAGUUAAGGAAGAGUUGAAGGUUAAGUCCAUACCAGAAACAGGUGAAUUGGAAAUUACUUUGAAAAGGGUUAGUGAUAACUGGAUAAAGAGUGAUGAAAUGAGAGAAAAUGAUGGUGAAGAUGUUAUUAGUGAUGCAGAGGAUGAUACAUCAACUGAGGAUCAUGCAAUAAGUGAUAGUGAAGAUGAUGAUGACACAUCACCUGAAGAAAGUGAGGAGGAUGAAAGACAGGACACAACAGAAAGGAGUACUCAUGAACCAGGCAAGGUAGAGGAGGAAUUAGAUGAUGGGGAUGAAACAGAUGAUGACUUGAAAGUUGUCCUUGCCAGUGCCUGUAUAGAGGAGGAAGAGGAAGACUCAGAGGAAGAUAUCCAAGUCAUGGAUACUGAGGAGUUUCUUGAGCUGGAAGGUAGUGGUGGUGAGAGUAGCAGCAAGAACUCAAUUUUGUGUCUGGAUGACAACAGCCAGGAGUGUGAGAGUAGCGACAAGAACUCAGUGUUGUGUCUGGAUGAUGAUAGCCAGGAACCCUCUGCCACUACAUCUGCUGCUCAGAACAACACCAACCAUGUCUCCACCACCCACACUACAGAAAAGAACUGUACCACCACUGAUUUUGCUGCUUCACCCAAAGCAUCUGUUAAUACCGGGACUACCACCAACUCCACAGACACGUCAAAUCAACAGAAACGCCAGUUGAAUGAGAGUUUACCACCCUGCAAGAAAUUAUGUGUAUCGGAUGCAUAGCUGAGGAAUUGGGAGUCUUGUAACUUUUUGUCAGCUAACUUAAACUAAGUACAUAAAUAUUAACUAAUUUAAAUAAUUAUUUUUGUAUUAAAAGGAAAUUUCUUUUUAAGUAUAGAUGGAUAUGCAGUAUUAACUCAGAAUCUAUUUUUCUUCAACAACUACUAUGUGAACGUUCCCCAAGCAGAACCUCCAUCCCUUCCUAUUCAAACAUUAUUGCUUUGCUUAUUGAAAUUUUACCAACAUAUUUACAUUUCUUUUACCAGACAGCCUUGCAAAGACCUAAAAAUUUCUUGCUGUUUGGCUUUCCUUUGUAUUCCUUUGCAUCUUUUCACAUAUGUACUCCUUGAUCCUAUUCUUUCACCUUCCAAGUGGUCUUCUGCUAGGACAUUCAUUGUCACUUUACACGUUUUCAUCCCUUCACUAUGGCCAAACCAUUUCAGUGUAUUCCGCCUCUCCACACUUCACUCCAUUUGUCUAAGUUCUUGUACUACCCACCCAUCCAGUCAUUGAGGAGCUUUAAAAGAUAAGAGAAAUUUAUGGUUGGGGACAAGAAUUGCAUGGGAGGGACACAUCGUCAUUAUCCAAGUUGAAGGUGGAAAUAUGCUAUGUGUGGGAUGACUUGAAGCCACAGCUACAGCAAAACUUAGCAGAUUCAGUACCACAGCAUCUGAUUUGUUGAGAUGGCAGUGGUGCCAUCAGGUUGAAAUAAGAAGAGAAAGUUGAAGCAAAGUUAUUGGAGAGGCAACUUAGAUCAUGAAAAAUAAACCACUUGUUAGCUACAACACUAGUCAUGGCAGCUUGUAUAUGAGAGAAGUGCCAGCAAUCAUGCCACUGCAUUGUGUAAAAUGCAAACUAAUGGGAGGUGUCUCACUACUGUGGUAGAUGUGAUGAUGCUGCUGCACUGCCACACCACAGUGUCACACCAGGUGCAAAGACAACACACAUGCAGUUUAAGAUGCAAUGACGUUGCACCACUGCAUCUUGCCAGAUGUGAGGACAAAACUCACACACACAGUUUUUAGAUGCUGUGGUGCUGCACUACCAUAUCACGUCAUGUGAGGACAAAAUGCAUAGUUUUACAUCUUUUUUUGGACACCAGCCAAGGACAACAAAAAUCUAUUGUUUCAGAGAACAAUAGGAGGGACCCCAUCAGGUCCAUAAGCCUUCCAAGGGUUUAGCCUGGCACUGCACUGCCGCACUGCUACAUUAUGUCAAGAUGUGAGGACAAAGCACACAUACUCAUACAGUUCUAGACCAAGCAACUGGAAUAAAUAAGCAUUUUUCCAGUUUUUCAAUACCCUGAGUUUAGUGCUAUGCCUUUGGAAGAAACUAAGUGCAAAACUAAGAGGGUUCUGUACUUCCUAUCAAAAACCAUGACCUUACUUAUCCCAAGAUGCACUUUAUUUUCUCACCACAAUAUUGCCUUUCUCUUUAGUCUAGUCUUCUUCCUUAUAAACAUAGACACUAUCAAGAACAACUUACAGUUUUCCAUAUUCUAAUGCAUCUUCUAUCUUGCAUUGUUUACAAGUGCUCUUUUCUUUUGUCACAUCUUACAUUUCUUUCAUUAUCUGAUGAUGUCAUCAUCUGGUGAGUCUUUGUAAUUUAUUUCAUGAUCUUGAAUGCAUCCUUUCCUUUUCCCCUCAUACUCACACUGUCCUGCUGCUUCAAUGGAGGUUGUCUUGUACCCACUGCAUGUACCACACAUGUACCUUCUCUGAACUGUCUCACUUUCUGCCAUUCUUUAUCAAUCCUUCUGGGAAUAUUAUGUUUUGAUUCCUUCAGCCACUCCACAUUUCAUUCUUUCACUUUUGCCUGGUACAUUAAACCAGCUCUUUACGCAGCUUUAUCGUGCACAACCACUCUUCCUUUCUUCCUUGUUUCUCUGUAUUGAAAGAAUAGUAGAAAUAUUAAAACCACACUGCCAUACAAUUGCAGCAGGCAUCCCCAACAUUCAGUUUCACCCGUUGGAUGUAGUAACAGUGCACUGUGUGAAGGUUGGGUGGGCUGGCCUACCUUUUCUUGAGGGAGACCUGUUGCUAGUCCUUUUCUGUGACAAUCUGUGAUUGCUUUUACAGUAGAAAUUAAUUCUGCUUAAACUUGAAUGGUUUGGGUACUGCCACUGUGCAUUAUUAUUACAUUUUUUUUAAUUUUUAUAAUUAAUUAUUUUAGUCCAUAUGUACACAAUUGUUGCUGUAACUUGUCCAUGAUUUUUAAGGAUAUAUACUAAGUUCAGAAUUCCUUUAAUAAUUAGAGUCCAUUCAUCUCUCAUCAUGUGAUGUUUUGUGCAUGAAGGAACUUUUUUUUUUUUUUUUUGCUGGCAAAUAGUAUUUAUUUAUUUUUUAGCAGGCAAAUAGUAUCUAUUUAUUUUUUUAGCUGGCAAAUAGUAUUUAUUCAAUGUUUUAUUUUAUUUUAUUUUAUUUGUUUAUUUUUAUUUAUAAGUUAUUAGAACUUUAUUUUUCAAAUCUUUCCAUCUUAUUUAUCAACCUUGUAUUUUUCAUCUUUCACAGUUCUUCCAGUCUUCCCAUUAUGUACAAUAUUCCUCCUCUUCCCAUCUUAUGAUAGUUUUGACUGAAGUUCCUUUACCAUACACUUAACUUCCACUUGAAAUUAGUUGUUCGGGGUUUUUGUGAUAAACACAAUCACAGGUUCUUCACCAUACUCUUCAGAAUAAAGUAUUUAUUCUGUUUUGGUGAAAUUAUUUGUCAUCAUAUUAAUAGGGGCAAACACUGGAAUACCCUUCACUUCAUCCAACUACCAGAGAAACUGUAAAUAUUUAUAUAAUUCGUGUAAUUUUACUAUGUUUUGACAAUACUUUUAAAAAAAUAAAAAUGAAUAAAUAAAUAAAAAUAUUUAAAGAAUAAA